AUGUUCAAGAGAUGGAGGUUUGUUCUCGCACUGCUCGCCUGCUUUGUGCUGCUCUUGUUGUGUACCCAUCAUCAUCCACCUCAAUCCUGCUCAAGAAGCCCAGCAGCUGAAGUUUCAUAUGAGACUUUACUGCACCAGCACGAGGAGCGAUACCUUCAGCUCUCCACCAACCUCACCAAACAAAUCUCUCAACUGAAGAAAGACCUGCGAGAGAGGAGCAGACAGCUACAGAGAUCUGCUUUCAUCUUCUCACUGGAUCCUGAAGAAAAAACCCAUUCGGAUCUGGAACGCAUCCUACAGAAGCAGCUCAGAAGCGCUGAGACGAGUUCAGGUGAGCGAGUAUCUGAUGAGUUUAGCGUGGUGCCGUUCGAGAGCUUCACUCUUCAGAGGGUCUAUCAGCUGGAGACGGGACUAUCACGACACCCUGUGGAAAGACCCAUCCGACCGGACCGCAGGAGUGAGCUGGACGGAGUGUUAGAGAGCGCCUUACACGUACUGAAUGAACAUCAGCCUGGAGACUCACACCACAGAAGAUCUUACUCUCCAAAAGAUUUCUUUGAGGGAAUCUUUCGCACAGAAAGGGACAAAGGAACGCUAUAUGAUCUGGUGUUUGGAGAAAACAUCUCUCCAGACUUCAGGAGGCUCAUCUUCUUUCGUCCAUUUGCACCGCUAGUAAAAGUGACGGAUGAAUUUAUUGACACAUCCCAAAUCCUUAUAAAUAUUAUUGUACCGCUGACAAACCAACUGGAUAUAUUCAGACGAUUCAUGCAGAAUUUCAGUAAAGUUUGUAUUCGUCAAGAAGAGAGGACGCAUCUUACCGUGGUAUUAUUUGAGUCUGAAAAGAUGGAUGAAGUGAAAGGAAUUCUGGAUGAAAUAUCAAGGACAAUGAAAUACAGGAACUUUACUCUGAUUCAUCUGAAUGAAGAGUUUUCCAGAGCUCGAGGGCUGGAGGUUGGAGUUGGCGCGUGGACUCACAGUAAUGUCCUCCUCUUCUUCUGUAAUGUGAACGUUCACUUCACUGCAGAGUUCCUGAACUCCUGUCGAAUCAAUGCAGCAGCAGGUCAAAAGGUUUUCUAUCCAGUAAUGUUUAGUCAGUAUAAUCCCGAAGUCAUCUAUGGUCAUAAUGUUCCUCCUCUUGAAGAACAGCUGGUGGUUAGAAAAGAUUUUGGAUUCUGGAAAGAUUUAGAUUUUGGAAUGACGUGUCAGUACAGAUCAGAUUUUUUGAAGAUAGGUGGAUUCGAUGUCACAGUAAAAGGCAGGGAUACAGAAGAUGCACAUCUCUAUAGGAAAUAUCUCCAGAGCCGUCUGAAGGUGAUUCGAGCUCCAUCACGCGGUCUCUUUCAAGUGUGGACUGAGAUUCUCUGUUCUGAGGAUUUAUCAACAGACUCUUUUAAAUUCUGUUUGUGGUCCAAAGCUGUGAAUGAGGCAUCGCUCGCUCAGAUGGCCGAUCUGCUCUUCCAACAACAGAUCAACAAUCAUCUACAGAAACACAACAAACACCUUUGAGACUUUCCUGACUAUUCAGAAACAAUGACUGGAUCCAUUUAUAUGAAUUAAGUCAUUAUUAAUACAUUCAAAAUGUUGUGUGGUAUUUGUGUGAAUGAUUUAUAAACCGAAGCUCUGAGGCCGU